AUGGCCACCAAGGACGAGCAGACGCGUCUGCGCAUCGACGAAGUAAAGGCGAACCUCCGGUCCACGACGACGUGUUCACCUGCAACCGUCACAACACUGCAGGAAUUGCUUUUGAAGAAAUCGGAGGAACCUGCACAGAAAGAGAAUGUCAGAGCCAAAGCACAGACUACAGCGCGGAGGAGAGCAGGAACGGCGACUGCUACAGCCAAUGUGGAGGUCAAGGACUCUGCAAUAACACUCUCGCCAAGGGAGAAAUACAUACUGGCUACCGAAGUCGCCAACACCACCCUCAAGAACCUCGCAGACGCUCUGAAGACCCCCUCGUAUGCGACCGCCCAGAAAACGUCUCCGCCAACAAAGCCCACCACUAGCGACGAUGCGCGAAAGCCAGUCCGAUCGCGGGCAGGACACACAAAGAGCGCCUCUGUCUCGCAGCGCCCUUUGAAGGAACGAUCUGCCUCGCAGAUAAGCAAUGCGCCACAAAAGCCGGCGAUACGGCGAUCUUCGUCAUACUCCUCCUUCCUGACUACAGGCCCCGAUACGGGCCUGGUCUCCACAGCCGAGUGCGCUAGAAUUGCAUUUUCAUACUUGGGGACAGUGGAAGCCACGAAAGUGCUGGGCAAAGAUUCACAGGAGCUACAAUUGGAGAGCGGCAUUCUGGCGCUCAUUGGAAAAUUGGUUGCGCUUGGACUUGAUGGCCUUGCUGUCAAGGAGAUGCGACACCUGAAGAAAAGGCUGGACAAAUAUUUGGGUCACGAUGUUGAGGCACAGCGCCCUGGAAGUCGAAUCGCUGAGAAGGGAGCUCAGAACGCCGGAUCGGGAGAUAAGGAAAGCCUGGCAUCGCUUUUGGAUUUUGCGGAAAUCGGAGCUGAAAGUCCGGCGGUACCAAUCGUCGUCAACCUUCAAAUAUACGCGCUACGAGUAAUCGCAAAACUGAGCCGGCCUCGCAUCGUCGAAGCCACCUGGGACUACCUGAAGCUGUCCAACCCUUCGUCCCCCGCAAACUUGAUACAUCACAUGGCGACCUCGCCAGGUGGUCAAGUUAAAGCUGCGAGACAGCUUGAAUCUCUCGCCCAAACGAUCCUCUCGCUCUGUCCACAAAUCGCUAGCUCACACGAUGAGAAACCCCUACAGCCAUCGACGGAAACUGUCUUACUUUUGCAACAGCUGGCAUUCAAGGUCCGGAAGACGUGGUGGAGCUUAGCAAAGCAUCAGGGAAACGAAGAGAAGGAGUUGCUAGAGCCCUUCACGAAGUGCUUGACUGCCUUCGCAAGAAGAUCGCAAAUAUCACCAAACAAAAAAUACAGACUGGCUGCAACGCUAUACGAAGAUUUGAAAUCGGGCCAGCGGGGCCAGGAAGGUGCACAUGCAUCAAACACAGCAGUCAAUCAAACCCUCAGUUCUUUAGCUCAGGCCGCAGGGCUGUCUGAGGAAGCAGUUCGAUGGUUGGGUACAGCGCAGCCUGCUUCCUCAUCAACUGGAUCCUCCGCUAAACAAAGCGCUCGCAUCGUGCGAAUCGCGACUGUUACUAUCGAAGGCUUUGUCAAGGACAAUUCGACGCCGGGUCUAGAAGAUGCAGUCAGUAAUGCACUUGAGGCAUUGGGAGGUAGCCUUAGUGGGUCUGGCGCAGAUCUGGACACACUUUUUGUGGAAGUCAAUGCCUUCAGACGUGCAGCAACUCGACUUCUCAUGGCUUUCUCCACGAAACCUGAGCAGGUUGAAGGGCAGGAUGAUAUCAGGCAAAGCACCAUCCACAUCAUCGCGGCGAGCAUACAUUUUUCGGCCAGGAUGGUUGGUGCGAAAGUUGCAGACAACGCAGAUGCAAACGCACAACGUCGGCACGAUGCGCGGAUGAUGAUGUUGUCCAAGUGCACGAAGAGUAGCCUCGACUCUGUGUUAGCAUGUUGCAAACAGAUCAUCGACUCGGAAAAACAAUGGCAAGAACUCGAUGUCAUGCUGCAAGAAUGCUCGCAUAUCAUACAUCGACUUGAAGAAGAAUGUUUGCUCGGUACAAAUGCCGACUUACUAGACUCCGAAAUGACUGAGUCACUACUCGUGAAACUUUCCAACGCGUAUUGGGCUGUCUAUCUUCAGCUAAGGAAAGCCAAAUUCACGUCAGCGAUUCUCAUUACAGCAAUACAGCGCUCUAUUAAUCUCGUACAUAUGAGAUCUCAAGACGUGCGGUCUGGAGGUCAUCUCAUCAUGAAGCUCGAGCAGCUCGGUGAUACUCUCGAAGGCUUGGACAGCGCUGCGAAGUCACGAAAAGCCUACACGCAGUGUCUCCAGGCACACCUAGAAUCAGACGCGUCUCAAAAACUAGCAGAUGCUGCAGCAAAUAAACCACUUCAAGAAAUCUUCGCGGACCAGGGCCCAUUGGGCACGUUCAAUCGUGUCUUGAAGUCGCAUCAUCGCAGUUUCCUCAAAUCCGGCAUAUCAGAUGCUAAAGAGAUGGCAUUCUUUGACCACUCCGGUUUACAGUCUGAAGUUCGAGGUGUUCUUCUAGAGUACCAGCUCAAUCUCUAUCUACAUACAUUGUCCAAGAACCGACAUUGGGACACCAACCUCAAUUCAUCGGUCACUGGCCUUGUGGAAAGCCUCCAAGAUCUUUACGCAGCGAAGCAGUAUCCCAUUCGACGGCUACGACUACUUGCGUCCUUGCUUCAGCUCUCUCAAAGUCAUGCUGAUGUUGUUUCAAUAAAGUCUUUGGAAGCAGAUGCGUUGCAAACGUCUCUGAUCGAUAUUUCAGGCUCCCAGGACGAAGGCUUGAUGCGAUUUGGCCCGCAUCUGAACGCCUUCUGUAAGCUCAAGAUCUUGACACAAGAGCCUGUUCCACAGGCGCCAAUCCUUCGCGAGUGCUUCUCUACGUGGGAGUCCAUCAUUGCCACGUCGUCCUCCUGGCAAAGCCUUGCGGACCGUGUUGAUGAUACCGCCAGCUGGCUCUCCGACUUGAAGACGAGUGUCGAGUAUCUCAACGUGAAUGGCGAGGAGUAUUUAGCAUUACCCGUACUUAACCUCCUUGUGAAAGCAGGCGAGCUGCAAAAAAAUCCCGAUCCAUCUGACACGGUCACAAGCCUCUGUGCUCUGGGACUGCAGUUCCUUCGUCUCGGCUACACUGGAAAAGCCGGACUUUCGUUGGCUAAGGCAGAAAAGCUGGUCGCCAACCACAAGCCAUCUACAGAGGCCAGGCUGCGAUGGCAUAUUGCGUAUGCUGAGUACCUGGCUCGAAUUGGGAAUACGACCAAGGGUCUUGCCAUCAUGACUGCUGCAUAUAAGCACGCUCUCGCGGAUCAGCAGUUCAUGGAUCUGGCUAAACCAUCAACUACUCUCUCGUCGAGACUACGCUUCAAUAGGGUAUUAGCUGAUGCCACAUACGUCUACUCGCUUCUAUCGACAAUUGAAGGCAGUUACAAGGAUGCUGCGAAGCAUGCGAGACAAUGCGUGGCUCUCAAUCGACGUAUCUGGGCGGCAUUGGAGUCAAGAGCCACUGUUAAGAAGGCUGCGCCUAUUGAUGAUUCUGAGUCGGACAUUGAUGGGCCCAGCAAGGUAGCAUUCGAUCCAUUGAGCUCAAUGCGUAACGAGAAGGGCGCACCUAUCGUCAUGUCCGUCACACACGAUGCCCUGAGUGGGCCAGAGUUUUGGUCUCUGGUGCCCGCAUUAUAUCGGGGACUGAUGCAGCAUUCCCAAAUAUUCGCUCAUCAGGGAUUGCUGCACGAGGCUGUCUACGUCGCAGAACAAGCCGAGAAGGUCGCUUCCGCUUCGAAAUCACCCACUCUCAUAAUCGACAAUGCCAGCUGGCGGGCAGAUUGCUGGGCUCAGAGCGGCAGACCCGAUAAAGCGCAACCUAUUCUUGAUUCUCUCUCGGUUGAUGCGACCCGAAAAUGUCUUUCAAUCAUAGGCUACCAAUCCGCUGUUGCCAGAGUCCACCACUGGACUGGUCAGUACGAAGAGGAGGUUGCGUCGUACGAUACGCUCGAACAGCUUUUGAAGGACCUGACAUCGCCAAUAUACACAAAAACUCUGGACACAAUCUCUUCUGAUGUCGACAGCCUUGUUGAUCAAAUGUCUCAGAUGACUGUCGGCACAACAAAGACCCAAACAACUAAAGCUGCAGUAGCAACAACAGCACGAGGUCGCAAGCCUGCAGUAAAGGCUACCAAGGCCCCGGUACGGAAGACAACUGCAAAGCCUGCUCCAAACGCUAGAUCUAAGCCCAAGACGGCUGUCGCUGAAAAGCCUGCAUCCACGUCCAAGGCCAAAGAAUCCUCCCUUGAAAAUGCCAACAGCAGUGAACAAUGCUCGGUUUUGCAUAACUUCCAGCUCGAGAUCACAAACCGACGGGUUCUUGCGCAUCUGUUGCAGGAGGACCUCGCAACCGCGUCUGCUCUUAUUGCCCAGAUGGAUGAACACCAAGUCGCUACAGCCCGUGAUCUAUCUCAUUCGUGGGCGGCGUUCAAAACUAUGCUCGCGCAAAGCACCAAACAAAUUGCUGAGAACAUUGCGGUCAACACGUUGCCCGAAUCCACCAUUGCCUUCCCCGCCAUUAACACCAAGGAGCGAAGACUAUCAGAGGACGCCAAUGGGAAACGCCCUGCGCUUGCAUCGUCAACAGCAGCAAAGACUGGCCGCGCAAAGAAGCCUGCAAAGAGUGAUUUCGUGGAGACACUACGAAAUGCUCGAGACCGCUUAGUACAAGCCCACACAGCAUGCGCUGCAAAUGGUCCAAACUACAUGUUUCAGCAGGUCUCCAUGGCGCUGGGCACUAUUACAGUCUUGCUUUCUGCAGUGUCUGGAGACGAGAUGGGUGGUUCUAUACACCCGUUGUAUGCAGCUUACAUGGGAGAAGUCCCAAAAUGCAACGCACUGAGGCUCGCGCAAGACGCAGUCGAAGCCGAAAAAGACCCAAUGUCACGCGACGACUGCUUGCGAUGGCCCAACUCAUCAUCCACCACCAAUGCCCCCACAACAGUGUCAGACUUUCAGAGACAAUACAUUGACAUCAUUCCAGAGACCUGGAAUGCGGUGUCUCUUGCACUGAACGACACUCGCGAUGAGCUAUAUGUCACACGCUAUGAAAGUGGUUUAUCUCCAUUUCUACUUCGCCUACCGUUGGCUCGACAUGCAUCCCGCGACAUGGAUGAGGAAGAAUUCUCUUUCGAAGAUGGGAAAAGAGACUUCGACGAGAUCAUCGAGCUCAGUGACUUUAGUACACGUACUGCCAAAGAUAUGACCUCGAGAGAGGCCCGUCAACAGUGGUGGGCCGAACGCGAAGCUCUCGACACAAGGCUACAUGAGCUCCUCAUCAACAUGGAAAACAUCUGGCUCGGUGGUUUCAAGGGUGUCUUUUCUCAGCAUGAGCGACAACCAAGUCUGCUUGCCCGCUUUCGCAAGUCUUUGGAGAACAUUUUGAAUCAACAUCUCCCGUCCCGCAAAAAGAAAUCUCAAGCAAAGAGGCCCACGUUGGAUACUAGGGUUCUGGAAUUAUUCAUUGGUUUAGGCAAUGCCAACGACGAAGAAUUGGAUCUUGACGAGGCGUUGAUGGACCUCAUGUACUUUGUAGUCGACAUUCUACACUUCAACGGCGAGCGCAACGCGUACGAUGAAAUCGACUUCGAUGCCAUGGUCGUGGAAACGCAAGAAGCGCUACAAGCAUACCACAGCGCAGCGCAGCCACCUCAGACUACCAAACACACGAUCCUCAUCUUGGACAACAACCUGCAUGGAUUUCCUUGGGAGUCAUUACCCUGCUUGGAGAAGCUCUCCAUAUCCCGCCUUCCUUCGCUGGCCGCACUUCGAGAACGUCUGCUGGUUGCGAGACCGUGUAACGACCACACACAACAGCCGCCUGGGCAUUAUAUACGGGUGGGCUGUGGAGGUACCAGCAUUCUGAAUCCCGGUGGUGACUUGUCGCACACGUCGAAGACGCUCCAGCCUCGCUUGGACGAGCUACAAGGGCCUUGGACACACAUUGCAAACCGCGCACCAACAGAAAAAGAAUUCGAGGACUCGUUGCGAGAAAACGAACUGGUGCUCUACUUUGGACACGGUAGUGGUGCCCAGUUCGUGCGCUCAAAGGCUGUACGCCGCCUCUACCCUGGCCAACAGGACGAUCACAAUCAGAAACCCGGUUGUGCGACGACAUUCCUCUUCGGCUGUUCGUCUGUGCAUCUCACCGAGAAUGGCAUCUACGAGCCGUCGGGUAUGCUUGCUUCGUACCUCACUGCGGGUGCACCUGCUGUUGUAGGUAUGCUUUGGGAUGUCACAGACAAGGACUGUGAUCGCUUCGCCAUCAAAGCAGGUGAAUUGUGGGGCCUCUGGCCUGAGCCACAAGAAGACGCUGCACGAGUAGUACCAAAGACUCCUGGUAGAAAAGCAAAGGGCAAGGGAAGAGUUGCGCAAUUAGCAGACGAUCUAGAAGGCACAAGAGCACCAGGUAGCGCGAAGAAGGGCAAAAAAGCUAAGAUUGUCAAUGAUGAGGCUGAGCCUGUUGGAGAGCGGCGUAGAGGGUUGGGUUUGGACGAAUGCGUCAGAGAGGCAAGGAAGUCAUGCAUCUUGAGGUAUCUCAAUGGGGCGGCAGCAGUUGUAUACGGCAUCCCGGUAUAUUUGGAGUAG